GCUGCGAUCUGUCCUUGUGAUUGGUGCAUCUCGGGCUGCACACACUCCCUUUACACUUCUCAUUCUUUACACAGCUUCCUGCCUGGAGAAGCAUAAACCAUCAGGGAACUACGAGCUGCUUGGCCUGCUUAGAGUUAAAGGAGGAAGAUACAACCCACUGUACAAACCAGGAAGCAGUAGUGUCACAUUCAUACAGUAGCCAGGCAAGAAAGUCAGAUAUUCCUUCGCUUGCAGGCCAUCAUGGGGAAAAAAGUUGCGGUGAUAGGAGCCGGAGCAAGUGGCCUGGUUGCUAUUAAAAGCUGUUUAGAAGAAGGUUUGGAACCCACUUGCUUUGAGAGAACUGAAGACAUUGGCGGACUAUGGAGGUUUAAAGAAAACCCAGAGGAUGGCAGAGCAAGUAUUUAUAAGACUGUCAUUAUCAACACUUCCAAGGAAAUGAUGUCUUAUAGUGAUUUUCCAAUUCCAGAAGAUUUUCCAAAUUUCAUGCAUAACUCUAAGAUAUUUAAAUAUUUCAAAAUGUAUGCAGAACAUUUUCAGCUGACACAGUAUAUCCAGUUCAAGACCAACGUGCUAAGUGUUACAAAACGGACAGACUUUGCCACCACUGGACAGUGGGAUGUCACAACCGAAAAAGAUGGCAAGCAGGAAACAGCCAUCUUUGAUGCUGUACUUGUUUGUAGCGGCCAUCACACAGAUGCCCAUCUUCCUCUGGACUCAUUCCCAGGUAUCCAAAACUUUAAAGGGCGCUAUAUUCACAGCCGGGAUUAUAAGAACCCUGAAGAAUUUUCCGGUAAAAGAGUGAUUGUAAUUGGUAUUGGAAACUCUGGCGGUGACAUUGCUGUGGAGCUCAGCAGGACGGCAUCUCAGGUGUUUCUCAGUACCAGGAGAGGUUCUUGGAUUUUAAAUCGUGUCUCUAAUUAUGGCUAUCCUCUGGACAUGUUAAAUCUUUCUCGCUUUCUAAAUACACUGAAACAUGCCUUACCAUCUUCUUUGUUGAACUAUGUUGGAGAAUCGACAGUCAAUAAGCGGUUUGACCAUGCAAAUUUUGGCUUGAAACCUAAACACAGGAUUUUUAGCCAGCAUCCAAUGGUGAAUGACGAUCUUCCAAACCGAAUUAUUGCAGGCACUGUACUGGUGAAGUGCAACGUGUCAAGGUUUACAGAAACAGAUGCCAUUUUUGAUGAUGAGACUGUAGAAAAGAACAUUGAUGCUGUCAUAUUCGCAACAGGCUAUAGCUUCAGCUUCCCUUUUUGCAAAGAUAUUAAAGUUGAAAACAACAAAGUAUCAUUAUAUAAGUACGCUUUUCUGCCAGAGCUGGAGAAACAGACACUGGCUGUCAUUGGUUUGAUACAACCACUUGGAGCCAUCAUGCCCAUCUCAGAACUUCAGUGUCGAUUGGCUGCAAGGGCUUUCACUGGUGAAAAACUGCUGCCCUCGGUUAGUGCCAUGAAGGAGAAUAUCAAGACAAAGAAAGAAGAGAUGACAAAACGCUAUGUAUACAGUCAGCGUCAUACCAUACAGGUGGACUACAUAGAGUACAUGGAUGAAUUAGCAGAAUUACUGGGUGUGAAGCCCGAUUUGUGGAAACUUUUUCAAACUGACCCCAAGCUGGCCUGGCAAGUCUAUUUUGGACCCUGUACACCUUAUCAGUAUCGAAUAACUGGACCUGGAAAGUGGGACAAAGCCAGAAAAACAAUCCUAAGUCAAUGGGAUAGAACACUGAAGCCAACAAGAACUCGCUAUGUAGAGCCAAGCUCAGGCAUUUCUCCCAUGCAAGUGUUUCUCCUGGGAAUACUGGUGGUUUUUGCUGCUAUAUUUCUUUUCUCUUAAAAAAAAUUAAAAUAUUACCGUACUUAUUACAUACCAGAUCAUCAAAUAUUACAUUUUAGUUGGGCAAAUGUCCAGCAGUAAAGAGUAACAGAUACUAUGCAAACUUUUGAAAGAAUUGCAUAUGAAUUAUGAAAAGAAAACAUAAUUAAGUUGAGUUUGUCAACCUAAGGAAAUGGACUUAAUGACUUUAGUUGAAAUUAAUCCAAGGUUAGGUACAGUAUAAGCAAUCAUAUCACAAUGAACCCUCAGCUCUACCUGUCCUAGAAUACUUUGUUUCAUAAUAUUGCUAAAUGCCAUAGGAAAGUUAUUUGGUGCUUUCUUAACUCGGCAGUCAAUUUUUUUUUUAAAUCAGUCUGUGAACUCAUAUUAGUAUACUGUGUACAUCAUCAGAGCUGGACAGAGUAGAAUAAUCCAUUUGAUAUGUAUGACAAAGCACUGACAAAUGUCAUUAAAGAAUGAUUGCCCGUUGGCACAAAUCACUGGUGCCAGCACUAGCCAACAAAAAAGAACAGUCUUUUGGCAAAGAGGAUAAUUUUCUGAAAUCGGUCUAUGUGGAGGCAGUGCCAACCAAAUAUAUUCCAGCUGUCUUUUUUCUAUUGUAGUUUGCAGAAUGAAAGAAAAUUACUAUUUUUAUUCUUUAAAAAACGUUUCAUGUCUUUUUCCUUUUAAAGGCUAAAUUCACCAUUUGGAAUAUGUUUCCUCUGUAUUUAGGUUCUUCUCCCCGCAGCCUUUGUCAUUUAAAAUCAGAUAAGAGAUAUGUGAAUGAAUAAACUACUGUCUUCCACCGUA